AUGGAAGAUAAAAUACAAAAUGUUCGACAGGCCGUUGAAAAAUUACAAAUUUUCAGCCAUGAGCCAGCACAUCAAUUAACCCAAGUAUAUGGUUUCAUCAAAUCUAGUGAAAAUAUACGUGAUGCUACUACACCUCUUCCACAAUACAUACGAUUAAGCCUUGAUACAAAGGCUGAAACAGUAGUGAAAUUCAUGUACAAAGGUUGGAAUUUACCAAAACCAGAUAUGAUUAUAUCUGUAACUGGCGGAGCCAAAAACUAUGGUAUGUCAGCACAACUUAGAAAAAUUUUUCAAAUGCGUCUAGUUUCUACUGCUAGUAGAGCAAAUGCAUGGUUGAUAACAGCUGGAACAAAUAUUGGUGUUGCUAAAGAAGUUGGUGAAGCUGUUAAUUAUUGUCGUUAUAAUAAUCGAAAACAUGGACUUGAUGUACCGUGUAUUGGUAUUGCUAGUUGGGGUUAUACAGCAGGAAAUAAACAACUUGAUAAUCAAUCGACUCAUUCCCUUAUGAAUACAAGUGAUACAACAACAAUACGUUCACCUUCGAAACCUUCUCAAAAUCAACGAGCACAAAUUGUUCCGAUGGAUAACAAAGAUCGAUAUAUUCGCGAGUAUAUUGUUAAAGAAAACCAACCGAGAGAAUGUUAUUUAGAACCAAAUCAUACACAUUUUUUAUUAUUUGAUGAUGGACAACGAAAAGCUGAGACCAUUCUCCCAUUGCAAGCUGAAAUUGGAAAAUAUUCUCGAAAUAUUCAUCUAGCCAAUACGACAGACGAACCAGUAGAAUCACUCAUACCUAUUGUCAUGGUUUUAGUUGACGGUGGUAGCUCAUCGAUUCGAGCAAUAUGUGAAGCACUUAAAUGCGGCACUCCAGUUGUAGUUAUUAAACAUUCAGGCCGUGCUGCUGAUCUUGUUGCUGAAUUACAUGCUUGUUAUUCUGAUCGUGAAAUAGGUAAUGAUGGUGUUACUAGUGCACAUCCUACAAAGUCACAAACCGAUAUUGUUAAAGGAGGUUCAAAAGAAAAAAUGAUCGAGCACAUUUUAACUUCGGCUAAAGAACGAAGUGAAAUUAAAAGUCUUGAUGGUGUUAAAAACGAUUUAUGUAAUACAUUAGAUUUGUACAAAGAUCUUGUAACAAUUUUUGAAUUUGAUGGUACAAGACAUCGUGGCAAUCUUGAAGAUGCCUUUUUAGAAUCUUUAUCGAAUGCUCGAAAAAGUUCUCGUGCUUCGAAUGAACAAUAUAGUCUAGCAAAAGAACUUAAAUUAGCCAUAGCAUGGCAUAAAUUUUAUUACGCCCAGACAUGUCUUCGUACUGAUACGACAAUAUCUAAACUGAAACAAGACGAUCUUCGUCCUGUUCUUGUUGAAGCGCUUUAUCAUGGUCAUACUGAUUGUGUUAAAUUACUUAUUGAAUUUGGUACAUCACUUGAAAAAUUGACACAUGGAGAUCUUGAAGAACUUUAUACAAAAUCGACUAAUCAUCAAUUAUCAUCUAAAGAUAUGUCCAGGAAAGAUCAAUAUUAUUUAGACUGUUUUGCUCCGAUCGUGAAUAGUAUGAACAAAAUCAACAAUUUAUCACAAUUAAAUCAUAAUGCCCCAUUAGGUGAAACUGCUCCAGAAGAUCUAUUUUUAUGGGCAGUUUUUUUUGAUCGAUUUGAACUUGCAAUAUAUCUUUGUUCCAAAAUUUGGAAUAUAUCACUAGCACUAUUAUGUGGUGCAUAUAUCUAUCGACGAGCAGCAAGUAAAACAAAUCAUACAGAUAUAAAACAACGAUAUGAAGAACAUGCUGAUCGAUUUGAUACUGGUGCUGCAUCAAUUAUUAAUCUAUGUUUCGAUGAUGAUGAACAGUUUGCUCUUGAUCUUUUAAGACGUUCUGCUGUUGCAUUUAAACAUAUUACUCCAUUAGAUUUAGUUAAGGAUGCUGAGUGUAAAUCAUUUCUUGCAUCAAAAUGUGUUCAAAGACAUCUUGAUAAUAUAUGGUAUGGACAUAUCGAUUACAAACGAACAGCUAUUAAUUUCAAAAUAUUUGUUUGUUCAUUAUGUUUUCCUUUACUACCAAUAUUUUGUUUUUGUCUGAAUUAUAUAAAAAAACCUAAAAAUAGUGCUUUAAAUACUCAAGAUGAUUUGACAGCCAGUCCAUUGACUACAACUCAUAAUGUUCUUCAAUCUGUUCAAUAUAAAAGAAAAAAUAAUGUUUCAUACGUAGAUAGAAUAAUCUAUUUCUAUAACGCACCUAUUGUACGAUUUUAUUAUCAUACGAUAUUCUUCAUUGUAUUUUUGGGUUUAUUCAGUUUUGUUCUUCUUGUUGAUUAUUUUCCACUAAAUAUCUAUAAUGAAAGACGAUCAGGUUUUAAAAAUUUACAAAUACCAAUAACUGAAAUAAUUCUACACAUCUGUAUAUGGAGUUUGAUUGUUGAAGAAAUUUAUCAAGUUUUAUCUGUGAAACUAAUUAAACAAUAUUUAUCAGAUAAAUGGAAUAUGAUUGAUAUUAUUGCAAUUAUGUUAUAUCUUAUUGGUUUUAUUACACGAUUUAUUGUUCUUGAAACAGUAUUUGCUAUAUCAAAGAAAGUUUUAAUAUUCAUGUGUCUUGAUCUGAUAUGCUGGUUUGUUCGUAUAUUACAUCUAUUUGCUGCUUUUCAAAAAUUAGGACCGAAAUUAAUUAUGAUUUUUAAUAUGAUGAAGGAUCUGUUCUUUUUUGUUUGUUUUAUUCUUAUAUUUUUAUUAGCAUUUUCAAUAACAUCUUGGUCGUUGAUAACUACAGAUAAUCAAGUUUCUUGGUAUUAUAGUAGUAAUGGAUCCUUGUCUAAUGUGACAGUAGCAAACGGAGGAAGUGAUUUAUGGACAUGGCACAUAUUACGUCAUGUGGCAAAUUAUGGCGUUUGGAAAAUUUUUGGACAAGUAGAGUCAAUCAAUGGUAUGGAUGCAUAUUCUUAUGUAGCUUUUAUAUUGGAUAUACUAUUCGUUGUUAUUGCUAAUGUACUUCUUCUUAGUGUACUUGUUGCCUUAUUCAAUGUGACUAUUCAAAAUGUUGAAAAGCAAUCUUAUCAAAUAUGGGGUUAUCAACGUUAUUUACUUGUUGCUGAAUAUAGUAUUAAAUCUCCAUUGCCGCCACCAUUUAAUACUUUUCAUAAUCUAUAUCGUAUUGUUCAAUGUUUGAUUGAAAAAUUACAAAAACCGAAGUCGACAAAUUCAAAGAACAACAGCCAUGCAUUAGAAAUGGAAUCAAGAGGUUUGAAUGAAAAUAAUAGUGAAGAAGAAUUUAAAGAUAACAAUGAAUUCCAAAGAAAAAAAGAAAUAGCUGGUGACUACUGGUGGUAUACGUUGAAACAUGAAAAGGAAAAUCAAAUCGUAGAUGCACUACAAAAUAUUGAAUUAAAACCUCAUGAUUUACGAGAACGAAUACAUAAUAAUAAUCAAAUAUGA